UUCAUUCCUGUGUAGCUUUUUUCAUUUCUCGUGUAUAUUUAUUUCAUAUGACAUAGUAUUACUGCAACGUUGAGGAAGAGCAAGCAAGCAUUUCACUGUACUGUUUACACCUGCUGUAGUCUGUGCAACUGACAUUAAUAAGGUCUGAAAGGCAUGAAGAUUACGAUCACUUGCCCAAAAAUAUAAAGUAGCUAUUGUCACCUACACACAGGUGUGGAACCAGGAAGACCAUUCUAGUGAAAGGGUGUGUAUUUUUCUGUGUGAUGUUUGAGACAUUCUUUUGACCUGGGUAGGGCUCCCUUUAAAAGUCCUGGCAUCCUUUCAUUACUUACAGUACUGCAUUACUACAACAAGCAACUCAAUCCACUUACCAACACAACCACGUGAGAGACAGCUUCAAUGGAUUUUGAUGUUGGUAAAGUAGAGCUCCACUGUGAGAAGAACAACACAGCCCACAAAACCAAUGACAUCUCAGUGAACAGACUGAUAGUCAGGAGAGGCCAGUCCUUCCUGGUCACCUUUGAACUCCAUGACCCCUCCAGGCCCACAACAGACUUUCUGGAGCUGAUGGUGGAGACAGGGCCCCAGCCUUCAGAGGCAUUGGGGACCAGGUCAGUGUUCGGGCUACCUGAGGGCUGUGGGAAGGGUUCCUCCUGGAAGGUCAAGGUUCACCAGGGCUCAGUGCUCCAGGCGGGUUCAAUCACCCUGGACAUCACCAGCCCAGCAGACGCCCCAGUGGGAGAGUACAGCCUGUCUGUAAAGACCAGCGCCACCGCCUCAGUGGGCAGCAGCCUGGGCAAGCUCCUUCUGCUGUUUAACCCCUGGUGCCAAGAGGACUGGGUGCAUCUACCUGAAGAGGAGGAGAGGCAGGAGUAUGUGAUGAGAGAACAAGGCCUGGUGUACAAAGGUUCUGACAAAUACAUCAGCUCUACGGCGUGGAACUUUGGACAGUUUGAAGACGAUAUAGUGGACAUUUGCCUGAUGCUGCUUGACGUGAAUCCCAAGUGUCUGAGUGACCCCGCCAAGGACUUCUCUGCUCGUUGCAACCCCAUCUAUGUCAGUAGGGUGGUCAGUGCCAUGAUCAACGCUAACGACGACCGAGGUGUCCUGAUGGGGCGGUGGGAUGGUCAAUACGGUGAUGGCAUGUCCCCCACUCACUGGAACGGCAGUGUGGAGGUACUAAGGAGGUGGCUCAAAUAUGGCGGCAAUCCAGUCAAGUAUGGACAGUGUUGGGUGUUCGCCGCUGUAAUGUGCACAGUACUGAGGUGUUUGGGAAUCCCAUGUCGAGUGGUUACCAACUUCCAGUCAGCCCACGACACCGACAAAAACCUGACAAUCGACGACUUCUUCUCCGACUAUGGAGUCAGACCCAAACAGAGCCCUGACAGUGUAUGGAACUACCAUGUGUGGGUGGAGGCCUGGAUGAGACGGCCCGAUCUCUCAGCAGACUCCUUAUACGACGGCUGGCAGGUUGUGGACCCCACCCCCCAGGAGAAAAGCACUGGUGUUUACUGCUGCGGCCCUGCUCCAGUCAAGGCCAUACUGCAGGGUCACGUUGACCUCAACUACGAUGUGCCUUUUGUCUUCGCCGAAGUCAACGCCGACCGUGUAACCUGGAUGGUAUUAGCUGACGGCUCCAAGAAAAAGAUCUUCACGGACAGUGUGUCCGUAGGCCAGAACAUCAGCACCAAGGCAGUGGGCAGCGACAAGAGAGUGGACAUCACGGCCAACUAUAAACAUGCAGAGGGCACGGAAAAGGAGAGGGAUGUGUACAAUCAAGCUGUGAAAAGAGUCAACAUACCCGAAGAGAAUUCAAACGGGAUCCAUGACGGCAAUCCUGGCGUUUCCAUGAAGAUCGUGGAGCUGACCAAGCCGGUCAGCGGCAAAGACAUCGACCUCAAGCUUGUACUGAACAGCAACGACAGUGAAACUCGGACUCUAGUGAUCAAUGUCAACGUUCAGGCCAUGAGAUACAAUGGGAUCCCAUCCUCCCAGAUACAGACCGAAUUGAAAGAACAGAAGCUCCUUCCCAACCAAGAUCUGACUAUACCCAUCCACAUCCCCUUCUCUGUGUAUGGUGAGAAAAUGCGGGAGAGCAACAGCAUCAAGGUUUUAGCUGUGGCCACAGACAAGAACAAGAGUGGGGCAGUGUACAUCACAGAGAAAGACCUUGUGCCAGAGAGCCCUUUGCUCACCAUCAAAGCCAUUGGAUCUGAAUUGCAGUAUAGUGACAUGACGGCAGAGGUUGUGUUUGAGAACCCUCUAUCCGAGGGUCUAAGAGACUGCUUCAUAACAGUGACCGGAAGUGGCUUGCUGACUGAAACAAUGGAAGCCAGAAUGCCUUUGCUAAAACAAGGGCAACGACUACGUGUGAAGAUGCCCUUUACUCCAUACAGACCCGGUCCUAAGAAGCUAGUGGCCGGCUUCAACUGUGAUCAAUUCAGGGACAUUAAGGCAAGCUGCAAUGUGUACAUCAAACCCGUCAUCGGUGUUGUCCCCCCACUGCCGUAGAUAGUAAAGCCCUUGUGAGAAUAACUCUAACUCAAAAUAAGUUCUGCAAUUUAUACCGUAUUUUCCUGUUAUAUCCUAUAUCAGCCUUUCUUAAGGUAUGGGUCGCGACCCUGACCUGUUAAUGGUGGGUUGUGACGUGUCAGAGUAAAUGUAUAAAUAUUUUAUAUAUGUUGCGCGUCAAUACUUCACAGGAGAGGGAUUUGAACGUACAUUUUAAUCAGCAUCUGGGUUUUUUUGGGCUGAAAUGCCUUCUGGAACAUGUGAACUUUCAUGUACCUUAAUAACAAAUGUGUAUGCCAUCUGUAAAUAUGAAUAAAAUUGUGAAAUUACGAGCCUAAUUGGUUUAGCCACUGAAAAAAACAGGAACCUUCCCGCUAGCCAUGAUUGGCUGAGAUAAUGUAAGGGCUGGACAUGCCGAGACAUGAGUUCAGAUUGGUCUGCCAUGUAGCACCAUUCUGUCUAUAACAUGAGCUGGUCAGUAUGUGUUGCUCUCCACUUUCUAGAGGAGCGAGUUUUGAAAUCAGUGGAAUUAGAGUAUGAUAGCUAAGGAAAUGGAGAAAAGUCUGGCGUUUGAUUGCAGAUAUGUAGAGGGAGUCGAAAAGAUAAAACACAGAAGGCUGUUGUAUAAAACACCUGUCUCCGGAUUAUAUCUUCAAACUAAGGGCAACCAUGGUAUCCGUGACAGAGAGGGAGAAGUGUUCAUCCAUGUAUUUGUGUAAGAGAGUCUAUCUAGCUACAUUACUUUCUCCACAUUUUGUUAAGUUACAGCCUUAUUCUAAUAUGUAUUAAAUAGAUUUAUUUUCCUAUCAAUCUACACACAAUACCCCAUUUGCCAAUGUAUUAAAAAUAAAAAACUAUUAUCACAUUUGCAUAAGUAUUCAGAACCUUUACACAGUCCUUUUUUUGAAGUAAGUUUGGCAGCGAUUACAGCCUUGAGUCUUCUUGGGUAGGAUGCUACAAGCUUGCCACACCUGCUUGCCACAUUCUUCUCUGCAGAUCCUCUCAUCUCUGUCAGGGUGGAUGGGGAGCGUCACUGCACAGCUAUUUUUAGGUCUCUCCAGAGAUGUUAGAUUGGGUUCAAGUCCGGGCUCUGGCUGGGCCACUCAAGGAAAUUCAGAGACUUGUCCCGAAGCCACUCCUGCGUUGUCUUGGCUGAGUGCUGUCGUGGAAUUAUUCUAAUCAAAAGGAGAGACUUAGAUUUCUUCAAAACAAUCAAACUUUAUUAUUUAAUUACUGCAGUAACUGAGCUUGUCAAUGACCCACCUACCAGCAGGACAAAGCCACAGCAUUUUAUAGCAAAGUCCAUCCUCCUGGAUGUUCAUGACAAAUCACAGAUGAGAGAAUUUAUAUAAAGGUACAUUUCUGUCAUGCAACAGACAUCAAGAUUUACAUAGCACCAAAUAUCUUUCUCUAGUUCAUUUACUGCUUGCUUAUACAAAAAUACUAAUGCAACCUAGAAUGCUAAAUCCUUUUGAUUAGAAUAAUUCCAUGACAGUACAUAGGGUCGUUGUCCUGUUGGAAGGUGAACCUGCGCCCCUGUCUGAUGUCCUGAACCCUCUGGAGCAGGUUUUCAUCAAGGAUCUCUCUGUACUUUGCUCUGUUCAUCUUUCCCUCGAUCCUGACUAGUCUCCCAGUCCUUGCCACUGAAAAACAUCCCCACAGCAUGAUGCUACCACCACCAUAGGGAUGGUGCCAGGUUUCCUCCAGAUGUGAUGCUUGGCAUUCAGGCCAAAGAGUUAAAUCUUGGUUUCAUCAGACCAGAGAAUCUUGUUUUUCAUGGUCUGAGAGUCCUUUAGGUGCCUUUCGGCAAACUCCAAGGGAGCUGCCAUGUGCCUUUUACUGAUGAGUGGCUUCCGUCUGGCCACUUUACCAUAAUGGCCUGAUUGGUGGAGUGCUGCAGACAUGGUUGUCCUUCUGGAAGGUUCUCACAUCUCCACAGAGGGACUCUAGAGCUCUGUCAGAGUGACCAUCGGGUUCUCGGUCACCUCCCUAACCAAGGCCCUUCUCCGAUUUCUCAGUUUGGUUUGACGGGCAGCUCUAGGAACAGUCUUGGUGGUUCCAAACUUCUUCCAUUUAAGAAUGAUGGACUCCACUGUGUUCUUGGGGACCUUCAAUGCUGCUGAAUUUUUUUGGUACCCUUCUCCAGAUCUAUGCUUCGACACAAUCCUGUCUUGGAGCUCUAUGGACAAUUCCUUCGACGUCAUAGCUUGGUUUUCACAUACAGUGUCAACUCGGGGACCUUAUAUAGACAGGUGUGUGUGCCAAAUCAUGUCCAAUCAAUUGAAUUUAGCACAGGUGGACUCCAAGUUGUGGAAACAUCUCAAGGAUGAUCAAUGGAAACAGGAUGCACCUGAUCUCAAUUUUGAGUCUCAUAACAAAGGGUUUUAAUACUGAUGUAAAAUAAGGUAUCUGUUUUCCAUUUGUAAUACAUUUGCAAAAUUUUUCUAAAAAUCUGUUUUCACUUUGUCAUGUGGUAUUGUGUGUAGAUUGCUGAGGACUUUUAUUUAUUUAAUCCAUUUUAGAAUAAGGUUGUAAUGUGGAAAAAGUCUAUGGGUCUGAAUUCUUUCCGAAGGCAAUGUAUAUUUUUCAGAUAUUAUACGUUUCUAAUUUAGUCAGAAAGUCACUUUGAUUGCAAUUUAAAUACAUUCUGCAAUUUAUACUGCAUUUACCAAUUUAAAGGUUACUGUUAGCUAUGAUCUAUGUAGUAAUAUUAUUUGUAUCUCAGAACCAUUUGCAUUGCUAGUUAAAGGCUCACGUUAGCUAGCUAACAUUGAACCUGAUUGGCUGGCUCCCUGCAGAUUCAUGCAGGGUAGUAAUGUUAUGGGAUUAUGGUAAAAGAAAUGUAGGUAAGUAGCUAGACUCCACGUAACCAUUUCACUACACCUUCUGUAUCCUGUGCAUGUGACAAAUAAACGUUGGAACAUGACCUGCAUCACAAUCACAUCAGGAUAUAACGUUAGGCCAACGAGACAGUGUCCAAGUUCUACAAUUCUCUGGUAGAAUGCCCUGCUUUUAUUUCAUCACAAUCACAACUAUAAGCUAUUUUCUAGUUAUGCUAUUUCUGAUGUCAUGCAGCCUGUAGUUUUUGUGUUUAUACUUUUUCAUAACGACAAUGACAAGAUUGAUGUCGGGCGACAGUAGAAUGUUCAUGAUGUCACGGCGACAACUGUCGAUACACAUAGUUUAAACCAGCCUUUAGUCUUGAAAUCUUUGCUUGUUUAGUACAUAGCCUCGCAUGUGAAUCCUUAAAGAGAUAGGUGGGGCUAAGGCUUAAGAGGGUGUGAACGAUGCUGAAUGAACAAAGAACAAAGAAGAGCUCCAGUAGGUUUCCCAAAACAUUCAAGGGGCAUUUUCUCAAAAGCAGAAUUACUUUCUCAUUGUUCCUCAACUGUAGUGUAUGAUAUAACAUUUUGUAUCUCUGAGUCUCUACUUUUAUCCAAUGUAAAAAACACAAUUUCAAAUGUUGCUACAGAAAAUCGAGCCGGUCGGUCACACAUGAAGAUUAAACAUUUUCAGGCCUACUGUAUAUCUUACUGUAUACAUUAUUGUUGAAAACAAGUCUAACAAGGCUUGACUUUGUCUAUGUAAUCCUCUGUAAUUGUGGUACAUGUAUUGUUGACUGGUGUGGCUUCUUAAU